AUGGACGGUAUAGCUGAUCAGGUUAAACAAGCUGUCGUAGAAAAUUUGUCAACACGGGGUAAGAACUUCAUUCGUCAAAUCUCGGUGCAAGCCGAAAAAAAGAUUGAUCGACUAGAACAAGAAGGACAAUUCGUCAAUGAAAUUUUACGAACACCAAUAUUCCCUAGACUAAGAUCCGUCGAUAAGAAUACGGAUAUCAACCAUCAUACAAAUAUUAUCAUUGAACCAGUAUCUCAGCAUACGAUCAUUGAAACUGGUAUAAAACAUGUUGAAAUGAAAAGUGGUAGUCAAAGGAUACGUUGGAAUCUUUUAUUUAAUCUUCUUUUAUGGCUUGUCGUUCCACUUCCAUGUUGGAUUCCCUUCGUUUCGAACCAAGUUGCCUUAUACAUAAUACCAUCGAUUCAAGGUGUUAUUGUUUUCAUGUGGACUAAGAAUAAAUUCAAAGAUGCUGGCUUUGAGCGAAUCAUAUUUACCACUCAUCCAUAUGGUUUGUCAAAUGAAAUUCCUGGUAAAUGUUCCAAUUCAAAUUACGGUCUUCGAAAGGCUGUUAGUGAAAUGAAUGUUGCUGACGAUGAUAUGAAAAACAUUCUUGUGACCACAUGUGAUGCUGAUUCAAAAUUUCCAAGAGAUUAUAUUGCAGCAUUGACUUGGAAAUAUCUAAAAGAGAAUCAACCGGCAUUAACUACAAUCUAUCAAUCACCUUUGUUUUACAAUUGGAAAUUAGAUAGCUUGUCAUUUGUCACUCGUGUCACGGGACUUUUGCGAAGUUUAUUGAUGCUCGGCGCCCUCAUUCCAUUUAACAUCAAUACGAUGAGUAUUUUUUCGUAUUCACUCAGUCUAGCAAAAAAAGGCAAUUUUAUUCAUCCAGGAUAUCAAAUGGACGACAUAAUUUGUCUCAUUCGAUGGAUGGGUGUAACGCAGCAACGUCUUCGAAUUUCGAUGAUUCCUGUACCAGUCGUUAGCGGGCCAACAUCAGGUGAAACCAUGGAAAUCGAAAUCAUGGAAUGGGCAAGACAAGCACGUCGUUGGACGAUCGGAGCUGCAGAAGUCUUUCAUUAUUUUAUUAUCAAAGCGAAUCGUAUGCCGAAAAUGGCGGCCUUCUCUUGGGGUCUCGUUUUCAUCAUUUACUAUGGAGUUUUGCUCUGUACAGCUGGUUUGUAUGGUUUAACAUCUAUGCUAUCCAUGAUUCUAAUCGUCAAGCAUGUUCCACCGAUGAUUGUAUAUCUCAUGUAUGGCUUUUUAUGUCUACAAAUGCUAACAUUUUUGGUUGCAUUUAUUAUUGAUGCACUUAUUGUUCAAUUAAUGAAUGUUUCUCAAUGUAUUUAUAUUCGCAAUGCAUUUCAUUUUAUAUUAACACCGUUUGUACUGUUAGGUUAUUCACUGGUGGAAUUGUAUGCAUUACAUGAAAUCAUUAUAUUUGGCAAGAAAGUCUGUAAACAUGGAGCAUCAAAAAAGAGCGCGUUAAAAUAA